AUGGAUCUCUCCAAUCUUGUGACCUGGGCACACACUCAUGGGACCAUAUGCAAUCAAAUCCCAGCCCUGGAAAUUGUGCAGAACACGGGUCACCCUAGCAAGGACAAUUCUGUUCUGUGGAUAUGCGGAGUUGGACAUGCGUAUCACUGGCAGUGUGGAAAAUUAUACAUCAGAGGCAGAGAAGAGAAUGAAGCCACAGAAAAGAGAAAGAGGUUAGUAUCCUCUGAGGCUUCAUCAAGGGAAGCUAAUUUAGAUGAAAAGAGGUUCAGGAUGACCCCAUCUUUUGAGAGGGCUAAAGCAGAUGCUGUUAGCAUAGGGUCAUGUAGCAGAUCUCCAGGGGUCACUCAGCAGAAAGACGACACAGUCUACAUAAUACACGAUGAACCAUCACCCAGAGAAAAUCAAAAAAAUAGCAAAUCCAUGAAAUCGUGCUUUGCAGCAGAGCAGCAUUUGUCAAUAUCUGGUGGUGAGGUCAAAACUGACAGACGUAAGGUGAAGCUAGAAAGCAAUGAAGAUCUACAAAUCAUCUCUGAUGAAGAACAGUGUAUAUUGGACAAAGACGACCACGGAGACAGAAUCAACCAGAAUAUUCCGUCAGAAUCGCCAAUCAAAGGUAUAACUGCUGAGGUAGAUCUGCAGAUGCAUCGCAAUCAGAAGAUGGCAUUUAACAAGACGACAGCCGCCCAAACAUCUGGCUUUGCCCCCACGGGAAAGCCACCCCUAACUCUUGCCUGCAUUCUAAAGUCUCCCGUCAGCAACCAAGAGAGCCUGGACAGCAGCUUCUUGAGGUUAGGUCCUCUUAAUCCUGCAAGGUCUGUAACUGAAACUGCGAGAGCAAGAAAUUCCUCUGGGUCAGCAAGACCAAAAGAACAUUUAAAAUCUGUUCCUGUCUCCAACAUUGAAGCAAAGGCCCAACUUGAGUCACCCGCCUCUGUGACAUUCUUUGAGUUUGAAGCCACUGUAGAUGUCCAGCAGCAGCUCCAGCUGAGCCCUCCCGAGCAUGGCAUACCAGGAAUAGGCUUAGGUGGGAGCAUCACUGAAAACCCUCUCGAGGAGGGUGAACCGUCAGGAUCCGGGCACGCACCUCAUCUUUCGGCCUCGUUGAGCCCAGAGAGCAAGAACGCAGACUGUCCACCCGCACCUUCACACAAAAAUGUUAUAAAAAAGAGAAACCGUAACGCUAGCGAUAUAAAAAUUUUCAAAGACUGGCUGGUUUUACAUUGCCCUUCUGAAACGCGCGAGAUCUAUGAGCUGCCACCCGAAGACCUCGAUAAUUACCUGGCCUCGUUCUACAGUUCUGCAAAGAGACAGAACGGCACAGAUUUUUCCGCCAGUUCUUUGCACUUCUAUCAGAGCAGCAUAGAGAGGUACCUCAAGGAUCACAACUACAAGUACAGCGUGGUUAAAGGGUUGGAAUUCCGAGCAUCUCAGGAAGCCUUGAAACUAAAGCACCAGCACCUAUCUCAAAAAGAGAGAGAGGGAGAGUGGAGUAUUUUGGAGAACCUGACAGAUGAAGAGGUGGGCGGUCUUCGUAAGAAGGGGCUUUUAAGUAAGACGCACCCUCAGGGCUUUUUGCACCUCAUGUUCACAAAUAUCAUUAGGGGGUUUGGGGCAAGUACACACAGUCGGAGCCAUAAUCUGUACUGGGGCCAGCUUGUGCUAAAGAGGAACGAGGGAGAGCUGGAGUACUUGGAAUGGAACGAUGAUCUGAGCGCAGAGGUAGAUACAAGGGAACUGGGCCCACGUCUCUUUGCCAAGCCCGACAACCCAGAUAACUGUCCGGUCACAGAUUACAAGGAGUAUGCUAAGAGGAGGCCGCCGGACAUGCUUCAUGACUACGAUCCACUUUACCUGGCGCCCAAGCCUCUCUGCUCCGUAUGGGACCAAACAUGGUACUGUAGGAAGUCACUGACAAAAGGCAAAAUGGAAAAGAUCUUGAAAGCUAUUAUCCAGCAAGUCAAAGGAACUGUAAAGAAGUCCAAGAAAUAG